GAAACGCGAACGCGGGCCAGGAUGAUGCUUUACGCGAGUUUGGGGCUCAACACACAACAUCCGUUGCUUGCCAAACAUCGACUUUUCUCCCGUUCGAAUAUUCCAGUCCCGAAAUCUACCACCAUCCCGAACAGUACACCAAUUCCGAGCUUAACCAGAUAAGAUCCGAAUUUGUAUCUCCAGGGGAUAACUCGUAUGAAAUCCCCGGCAUACCUCAUACGAGCUCUGCAGUGCAAGGGCACGGGAAUGCUUCGCCGGUGUCUGCCACAUCAGCUAUGUCAAUAUCAAGUGGUAGAUCCCCGCGUUCUGUAUUCUCGAACAAUAGAUCAGAUAUAAGCCCCCGUAAGGGGCCAAUCUGUAUCAAGUGUCAAAAGCCGGCAUAUCCCCGCCUCGAUUUGAUCGUUAGGUGUGGUAGAUGCUUCGGGAAUCAUCACAUAUCAUGUUGUAAUUCAACAGUCUCGGUGAAUAGAGAGGUGAUGUGAGUAUAUGUUCCUAUCUAUUUUGAUAUUUCAUUUAAACCCAACUACCGUGUUAAUACCGCUUCCCCUUCCGCGUAGCAAUGCUGAUUCGAGGGGUUGGAGAUGCCAACGGUGUGCCGCUCAUCCAGCUGAGCCCGGUAACGGGCAUCGUCGGGAAUCGGUCUCGCCGACUAGAUCCAGGCCGCGCAAAAUACCCCGGCUUUCCCCCAACGCGUCCGAUACUUCAGCUGGUAGAUCGAGCAGUUUAUCUAAAGGCAGCACCCGGAUGACCUUUUCUCCGGCCGAUCUUCAAGAGGAGGGUACUGCGCGAGAUAGGAAUGACCAUUCCCGAAACCCCAAAUCUCAACGCUCGGUCAGAAGAGUCCUGGAUUCGCAUAGUAUAAGGGUGAGCGAAUCGUUGGGGAAUGGUAAGGCAGCCCCACAGUGGGGCUCUCUUGUGACAACAGCAGCAUCGAGGGACCGAGAGGACAAUUUCGCUCGCCGCGCGGGUGACGGCAUCGGUCCAGCCUACCCAACCGACAUCGGUAGCCAGAGGACACCCCAUCAUAACUCUCAUGACGAUCCAGGCGAGUUUGAUGCAGGGACAGAGCGAAGAUUUGACGUGCCUGAGCUCGCCUACUACUCUGAUGGCAUGUCAAGGUCUGCGAACGUAUUCCCCGGGAGUCGGAAACUUGCAGUUGUGAUCGAUAAUAGAUCACGCAGCGGAUCUGUAUCCACUAAUGGCUGCCAGGGAGAAGGUUGGAACCGGACGCCACCGGCGGUCAAGGACCCCCAAGAUGACGUUACUCCAAUUCCACAUUCCAAACUCCGCCAGACACUCAACUCACCAACCCCCGGAGAAUUUUCGCAACCUUCAGCUGAUCAGCAUCUCUUCCUUGACGGCGCGGAUGAGAGUGGUGCGCUUCGUCGAAGGAGAUUGAAACGGCCUUUUCCAGUUUCGGAGGUUCCGGAUUCCGAAGAGGAACGUGAACGAGUUUUAACAGGUGGCCUAAUGUCACUGGAGCCUCUUGAAGGCUACAGUGAUGGGCGCAAUUCACGACAACCAGCCAAUGGUUAUCAGUCCUUGCCAUCCGAAAGUCCAGAGCAACAAAUUCAAGACAGAACGGCUGGAGGUUCACGACAUGAAAGAUUACAGAGACAGUUUAAUUGGAAUAAUCCGUCUAAUGCUCAUAGCAGCGAAGAGUCCCCAUACUCUCGGCCAAGUUCCUCAUCCUGCAGAGGGAAAGGAGCCGUCGAACGCCCCACCACCGGCAGAACUGGUAUCUCUUCACCGCAUUACAGCCCCCCUCCGCCAUGGCCUGGAGCGAACGACACUCUUUCACGCCACCAUACUCAAUUCCGUCGCCUCGCACGCAGGCCACAAAUGGCUCAGGUACGAGGCAGUUCGGUAGAUAGCGUGGUAUCGUGCCGUCGUUGUGGUUCCGAUAUGGCAAUCUUGGAUGAUAAAAGAGCUAAUAUAUGGUAUGCCCCAAGCCAAACACACUUCAUUGCUUAGAAUAAGACACUAACAUAGUCUAUAAAAGUUCAUCUUGUGUCCGCAGGGAGCAUUGCAGAGGCUCUGAUCUAACAGAUACGAUGCCCCGAGAGCCCUGUCAUGACACGAUUCCGUCUUACCGUUCACCAGCUCCGUCUUGUUUGCGUCUCCGGACAAACCGCAAGAAUGACUUACGUAGCAGACACUCUUCGACACUGAGUGCUACCGGGUUGCUAGAUAAUCGCUCAAAUACCACGCCUAGCUCGGAUUCCCUUCCAAGUGAUAUAUCUAGAGGAUGCACUCCACAGGAUCUGCAACCAGUCGAAGUCUUCCGCACAGCAAAGCAACGGGUGAUUGAGAGAUACCAGAUGAAAUUCCCUAAAGUCACCAACGGGGGUUUGCCCUCCCAACCAAUCGAGGAGACAGCUAUUAGGAACCAAAAGGCGCGGAAAAUCAUGGAUGUUCCAAAACCAAAGGUCAGUGCUGCUGCAGAGAAGUUGGGGACAGCGGCGCCCCUGAAGAAGAACGGAGUCAAUGGUGCUAUAUUGGUUCGAGCUUCCGCCAGGGUGGAUGCUCGUAAGCCUAUCAAUGGCUCCACUCUGCCUGGCGCUUUAUCGACAACGGAGCCUCCGAAACACGAUACAAGGAUGACUGUGGCGAAAGGUGUUUUUCAACUGAAGAAACCUGCUCGCAAGGGGCCCGCUAUUAAAUAUGCCGGAGGCGGUAUCAGCAGGGUGCUUGUCACUGAUGAUUCCUCUAGCGAAUCGGGUCAUGCCGGAAAACUUAGAGUAUUAGAGAAACGGUUACAGGAUCAAAAGGGUUAUACCAAGAAUCAGGCGGAAAAGGCUGCCAAGCUGCAGGUCAAACUUCAAGAGUCGGAAAAAGAGAAAGCAGCUUUGCAGGAAAAGUUGAAGAUCUUCUUAACAGGAAUUCAUGGGCCCAACGAAAAGCCCACUCCUGGAAACGAGAUUCCGGAACCUGAGGUAAUCGCUGAAUCUCUCCCUACUCAAGGAUCGUCAAAACAGGAGCCGCCCAAGAAAAAAGUGCUCAAGCGCCUGGUACGAUGGGAAGAGGCGCACUCUGACCGGAGCACCCCUCAGGAAGACACCCAAGCAGAACACGGCGCGCAAGACGGCAGAGCUGAUACCGCCAAGAAGACCUUCACCUAUGGCCCCAUGCGGGACUUUUAUUCCGGCAACAAGUUUUGUGGGGUAGACCCUUGGGGCUACCCAACAACUACGGAGCAACCAGGGCCAGAUCCAAGUACCUUUCGCAAGCGUGGAUGGCGCAAAACCGUUUACAGACCUUUUGAUCAGGCCAGAUUAAUGAAAGUGCACCUCCACCGUCUAAUCUCUCAAAAUCGGCCUCCAUUAACAAUGACAGUUGCGGAGAACCCACCUGAUGACGAUGAUGAGUCUGCAAGUACUUCGAACACCCCCAUUGCUGACAAAAUCGACAAGCCAGAGACCGAACAUGGUUCGACCGAGGUGCCCAGCGUAAUCAGCUUUGACGAAUUCAUGGGGUUACCGGAAAGUAUGGUUCCUUCUGUUAAGGAUGGUUGUCUGGGGUUUCGGUCCGGGGUUAUUGUGAGUUUGAACUAUUUUUCUGCCCCCGGUGUAUUCUCUGAGGGGCCGCUAUUAAUUGUUUAUAGAAUCCUCGAACCGGAAGACUUGAGAGGAAUGUACCGCACCACAGGAUUCGGGCUCCGGGAGAUCUUAAACCUACCUAGAGUUUGCCCCGAACAUAUCUUAAUACCCUCUUUAGCAUUUUCUCUUCUCGGGUUCCUCUUUCUUUCACACGGCCUCCACAGCCUUUCGUCCAUUCAUACCCCCUCAUCUGCUUCACUGUAUAAUAAUUUUAGGGUUAGGGAAAGCAAGGUAAUUAUACCACACCAUAAACAGCUAACCCCCCCUACUUUCCUACUUUUUUUUCUCUCUUCCUUCUUGUCUUACCAAUGCCCAAGAUAGUGUGUAUACUUUCAAUUGUGUUCUGGAUUGUUAAAACGGUUACCGGGAGCUUUGUUAAAACGGGGAUGGCAGCAUUUGCGGAGUUAGGGUUGGGUGCGGUAUUUAGCAUUUUCGCUGUUUAAAAUGGCUAUUUUUUCCUUCGUUUCUCUCUCUUUAACUUGCUUAGAGCAAUGUGUCGUGGUAGAUUUCUGGUUGAUCGAGCCGUGCUGGGUCAAGUGGCGUGAGAUGAUUUUGGAGGUUUGCGCGGGUGUUUUGUAGGGUGUCCAUCGCAUUAGAGAAGCCACUGCUCUGCUCAG